GGUCCACCGGGGUUUCACCACACCAUGGGAGAUACCGUUCUACAGCCCAACCUCUCCCUAGCAUGCUGUAAAUUUGGGGUGCAGUGCAAUGCUUUUUUCCUCGUCAACCUUGUCCCCGGCUUACUCAUGCGGCCGUAUCUGGGCGCCGAUGAGCCUCCCUGGAUGAUCGCGUCUUCUCUGUGCUCUAAGGCAUAUAGGGGUGUCGCACCACUCUGGGCUGUGUCGAUACUCAUGCUUUCUAUCCGCCUGACCGGCCAUUUUCUCGGGGAAGCAAGGCACCUUGCUAUUGCAGGUGCGCGUCUCCGACCUGGCUAUUCACCGAUACCUGGGGGUGGCGUCAUGGGGAAUGCAGCCCGCGGGGUAUAUAUACCUUCUCGAUCCCUACUCAAGUCAUUCACUCCUCAUCUCCCCUUUCUCCUCUGCCAAGAUGUCUACCAUCGCCACCGACCUGAACUACUACGGCCUCCCCGAAGACGGCUCCCGCCCUUACACAAAGGCCAACGCUGACCCUGUCACCGGGAAGUUCGAUCGGAACUACACGUACGACAGCCACCCCGUCACAGUCCACAAUAUCCGCGAGAUCUUCGACGAGGAGUCUGCCGCUGGCAAGCAGACAUCGUAUAAUCUCGAUGUCUCCGGCUUCCAGUUCCACAAAGGCCCCACCAAGCACUGCAGCUUCAAAACUUCCGAAGAGAUCGAGAAGGAGUAUUACCCGGAGUGUAUUGAGUACUUCAAGAAGCUCUCGGGUGCUAGCCGCGUUUUCAUCUUCGACCACACCGUUCGCCGUCGUCGCCCCGGCGAAGCGGAUGACUCACCCGAGCGCCGCCAGCCCGUUUCCCUGGUGCACGUCGACCAGACCCUGAAAUCCUCCAUCGCCCGCGUCCACCGCCACCUCCCCGAGGAAGCGCCUGAGCUCCUCAAGCGCCGCUUCCAGGUCGUCAACCUCUGGCGCCCCAUCGACAACACCGCCUGGGACUGGCCCCUUGGUCUCUGCGACUUCCGCAGCAUAGACCAGGCCAAGGACCUCAUCCCCGUCGCCCUCGUCUACCCCGACAAAGAGGGCGAGACCUUCGGCGUCACGUACAACCCGGACCACAAGUGGAAAUACGUCAAGGGCAUGACUCAGGACGAGCUCGUCCUGAUCAAGUGCUUCGACUCCAUCCAGGACGGCAGCGUUGCUCACCUCACGCCUCACACCGCUUUUGAAGACAAGUCCGCGCCCGCCGACGCUCCUCUCCGCUCCUCUAUCGAGGUCCGGGGUAUCCUCUUCUUUGACGAGUAAGGGAUAGCAGAGGUUGCGAUUGUCAAGCGUAUUAUCAUGUAGAGCACUUAACAUCAUUGUACUUAUCCUGGGAUUCAAUCCGCGCAUAGUUGUCCUUACUUUUAUUGCAAAAAAUGCUGCCCGUCCUAUGU